AAAGAUCCUGAGGAGGAACUUCCUCUCCUUCAUUCCUUAAGAACGGCAGAUCUCCUACACUUCUUCCUUCUCUGACCUGUCAGAGAUGAGUGACAGCGAUGAUGAUGUCCCCACCCUGUCGGCUCACACUCUGGCCGCCCUGCAGGAGUUCCUCAGUGAGACGAGCAGCGAUCUGCCUCACAGCACCGAGCCCUCUGACCAGUUUGCUGUGGGAGCUGUGGAGGAGGACUGGCGGAUGAGCCAGUUCUGGUACAGUGAUGAAACGGCAACAAAGUUAGCUGAGGAGGUCAUACGUGAAGCUGGAGAGGGAGGCAGGAUAGCAUGUGUGAGCGCGCCCAGUGUGUACCAGAAGCUGAAGCAGGGUGUUGUGGACGGGUCAGACCGGGUGUCAGCUGUGGUGUUGGAGUACGACCGCCGCUUCGCCACUUAUGGCGACGACUUCAUCUUCUACGACUACAGCGAGCCGCUCUCCUUCCAGUCCAGAGUGGCUCCUCAGAGCUUCGAUGUUGUCCUCGCCGACCCGCCGUACCUGUCUGAGGAGUGUCUGGGCAAAGUGGCCAAAACCAUCAAGUACCUGAGCAAAGGCAAAGUGCUGCUGUGCACAGGAGCCAUCAUGGAGAGCGUUGCUAAGGAACUGCUGGAUUUAAAGAUGUGCAGCUUCCUGCCGCAGCACAAAAGAAACUUGUCCAACGAGUUCCGCUGUUUCGUCAACUACCCGUCCCGCCUCCUGUCCUGCUGAUCCGCCGACUCUCCGUCUGGUCAGCUGAUCAGAGCGAACGCAGGCUGGAGGAGGGAGGACAUCACUCAGACAUUUCUGAGCGCGUAGCCUGGCUCUGUUCUGCAGCAGCGCUCCUCUGCUGCUGAUGGAUGAACAGAAACAUUAAGACCUGCAGCAACAGUGGACACAUGUCAUCCUCUGAUUUUGCAUUUUUGUUUAUUUUGGUUCCAAGUGGACUCAGGGCUGUAAACAAGUCGGCAUGUUUACUCAGCAACAUUUUUGUAAACUUCUGGUUCACAACUGAAACAAUAACUGAACACAUUACAGAACAUUUUCUGGUUUCAG